UCCAAUCCCGUCCAAAUCCCGAAUCUCAAAGCCAUCAUCCUCACCCUUCCCUUCCAUUCAUAUCCCAUUCAAACCCUCAAACCUCUCUCUCUCUCUCUCCAUCGAGAUAUCAUCGAGAGAUCGAAGCGAGAAAAGGUUCCAAAAAUCCGAUCUCACUUCGACGACGACGACGAAGAAGAAGAGAUCGGAUUCAUGGGAACCGAGCUCCUCCACCCCCACCACUACCUCUCUCCAAAUCCCAGGCCAAGAUCGGACCCGGAGAAGCGAAGAUGCUGUGCCGGCGCUAGUGGAUCCUCUCGCCCCCUUUUUAUUGGAAACGUCACCAUCCUCAAGCGCGGCGGUGGCGGUGGCGGCGGCGGAUCCCUCGAUGAGAAAGCCAAGGCCACCGAUGAGUACGCCGGAUCGGCCUUUGCGAUGUCGCCGUCGCCGAGAUCGCUGCCGCUGCCGAGGUUUUGCCGGAAAGAUGCGUUCGUGGAUCUCUCCGCGACUCGAGGUUUGAGACGUCUUCUUCGACUCGAUUGAUUCGUUGAUUGAUUGAAAAUAUUUAUUUGGGAUUAUCAAUGAGGAAUAAUGAUUAAAAAAAUUAUGGAUUAAAUUA